CAGGGGCGGACUGACCAUUUGGAAACUCUGGCACUGCCCGAGGGCCCGGGGUCAGUAGGGGGCCCCCUGAGAUGCCCCUGGUACCUUUUUCAUAGACUUUUUUGAGUUUGGGCAAGGACACAGGGGCCCCAUGAUCCCCUAUUGCCCGGGGGCCCCAUGAGUUGUCAGUCCGCCCCUGUUGGCCAUCCUGCCAGUGCCACCCAUCAGUGUUGCCCAUCAGUGCCACCAGCAGUGCCCAUCAGUGCUGCUUAUCAGUGC